UGAGCGCCAGUAGUAGUAGGGAUUGACAUGUCGCGCAGAAAGGAGAUGUUUCGAAACAAGUGGUGUUUAUCGCUUCGGUAGUAACGUGCCGGCUGCGGCAACGGGAUGCGUGUUCUCCGAGAGUCGCUUAACGUAAAAUAAUAAAACGUAUAGAGGAGAAUCGAGCGCGAGCCAACUCUCGUGUGCGUAGUGUCUUCUAAAGCGGGCCUACGUUUCGACGGUCCUAACCAAACCUGAUUGCGAUUCGUUCUAAGAUAAUUGUACGACUUAAUCGUAGAAACUUUUAAGGAAAGUAAGUAAAUAAAUGAUAAAACGGUAAAUAUAACAUAGCGUUUGGUGAUAAGAAAAUUCGUGAUACAUUUAUUACUUGAUGCCGGGGUGCUCGCGAGUGGACUAGGAGAGCGCAUCUUGAUUGCUCUCUUCGAGAGAUUCGAUCGGUCAAAAAACAACUGGGAGAAAGUUUCUAAAAGGAAAUGUUUUAAAAUCCCCAAUCCCAUACAAGGUACAAGGGUGAAAGACCAACCGUGUGGAUCGAGUCAUGACGAGAUAUUGGUUCAACGUCAUUCUUUUCAGGGUCUUAUUUCCGGCCAUAUUAGCAGGAUGUACGAUAUGGCGACCGGUAGGACUAUCUCUCGUAUAUUUGGGACUUGGGUUAUACUCGCCGAUAGUCCCAACGCCCACGAGCAAAACGAUGUCCGGUCAUACAGGACUUUAUUUGAAAGCAAGCAUCUGUUUGUCCUUCCUCGUCGCCAUUACUCAGCUCACGUUUCACAUAGUUCUAUUAGCGAUGCCGCCAUAUGGUUAUUUUCUUCAAGAUUGUCAAUUUAUGGAAAAAUUGUUCAGACACAUAGGUUUAGUAAAACUAGAUAGUACAACGGUAUGGGAAGUAUUUUACUGGCUGACACCGGAAUUGAUUGUUUUACCGACAACGAUAAUUAUAUACGUCACAUGUCGUUUCUUAACCCAACGUAAACCAGGUGAUGACGAAGAGGAAGUACCCGUUCAACGCGUUAAUGAUUCCACCAAAAAAACCGAGGAUAGGACUACGAAGAUAAUCAACUUCUUCGGUCAUAUCGGCACGUAUGUGGUUCUUGCCUCCUUGUGCUGUACGGCAUCCUUGAAGCCAUCGGUGGAAGGAGCUUUCUACUUUCUGGUCUUUCUCAGUGCCGCCACAUGGUGGGCCUGCAACAAGGAAUUACGAAAAGGUUUUGCAAUUUUAUGCAAAAUCGUUAUGGUCGUGGUGGUCGUACACAUUCUAGCGCUACUCAGUUAUCAAAAUCAAUGGCCUCAAGAACUCAUACCAGUCAAUAGCACUUGGUCUCGUUAUUUCGCGCUCACUGCGAUUUAUCAUACUAAUUGUAAUCAACCGAGGUACGUCGAAUAUACGGACAAAAACGAUUGGUUACCUUAUGGAUACGCAUUGAGACUCUUCUGGCUCUACUAUGUCCUGGCUCUGCAAUCACAAUUUCUCAGUAAAAAACCAAGGCCGAUCAUUGAUACGUCGACGACACUUCCCGACGAGAGGACACCCUUGAUGCGUUUUGGAUCUGGAAGAACGGGACUUUUGCAAGACUCCACCGGCAGCGUUAUCAUACAGGAUGGUCAUCAAGAUGACGGUAUUCAAUUGCAAAGUCUCGAUGAGGGCGCCCCUGGAGAUAAUCCUGGAAUUUUGGAACAUAUCAUUAUGGCAGUUUACUCGAUAUUCCAGUUAUUAAUUAAUUCCUCUUAUCUCGCUAUGAAUAUUAUCAUGAUGACGUGGAGUAUAAUGUAUCACAGUUGGAUGACCUUUGCUCUUUUACUUUGGGCUUUAAUCCUAUGGAUGAUGUCCAAUAAACGUGCUUCAAUGAUGAAAUGUUCACCUUUUAUCGUCUUUUAUUCGACUCUUUUGUUACUCGGGCAAUACGUUUACAGUAUGGAUUUGACCGAGGAAGAACUACCAACGACGAUUAACGGUAUAAAAAUAUCCGAGAUAGGAUUCAGCAAAGCUCAAGAGCUCAGUCGUUGGCAUCUGAUUGUUAAGUGUUCAUUCAUGUUGAUAUUUUGGAUCACGAUGAGACAGUAUACAGCAGAGUGGAAACAACAAAGACGACUGUCUACUUUGAGAGACAUGGUUGCGCCUUUGCACGUUUCAGUUUCCACAGCCACCACAGCCAUGAAUCAAGAAGUACAAGAAGUGAAAAGCAAAUUUAUGAAAAACGUCGGUAUAAUUUUGAAACAACUCUUGACAAAAUUCUGGAUAGCCGUUGUGGCCAUUAUGCUCUUCAUUUGUGGUAUCACCGGUGAACGAAUGACAGUUUUUAGGAUUGUUUACAUGUCGUUGUUCCUUUUCUUCGUGAUUACAUUUCAGAUGUCCUGGUUAGUAUGGAGAAAAGUAAUGUAUACAUUCUGGAUAACCGUCAUUGGCUAUUCGGUAAUCAUGUUGAUACUAGUAUAUACCUAUCAGUUCCAAAAUUUUCCGAAAUAUUGGAAUUAUUUGGGCAUAAAUGAACAAUUACAAAUGGAUAUUGGCUUGGAAAUAUAUGAAACGAAAGAUUUCUUUGUAAGACUGCUGAUACCAACAUUUUUCGUUAUUAUCACAGUGCUUCAGAUGCAUUAUUUUCAUAAUGACUUCUUAAAAGUAACGACUAUCGAUAAGCUCGGACCAGAAAGUGCUCUUAGACGAUCGAGUCUCGGCCAUACUCCUAGUUUGAAUGAUUCCACAACGUCGCCUGCACAAAUUAUUCUUGGAGAAGAAGAAACAUCCAAUAUGUAUACUUUGAAUCAACUUAAGCAUAUGUCAAGAUUGGAAAGGAUCGAAUUUGUAAGAAAAUUAAUGGAUCAUGUCUACAAUUUUUACAAUUAUACCUGGUUAUUCCUGGAAAUUCACAUGCAGAAAAUUAUCUUUAUUUCUCUGAUUCUUUUGUGUGUCAAUGAUGUAUGCGCGAUAAACCUCCUCUUUGUCCUUGCUAUAGUUAUCAUAAUUAAUUUCAAUAGGAACAUACAGAUUAUGUCGAUCAACGUUAUAGCUGCGAUCAUUGCCCUCUUAAUGGUAAUUAAGAUGUUGUAUCAGAUAAAAUAUAUCGAUCAUAAUAAUUGGAAUGUAAAUUGUACGAAAGCAGUUAACGAUAGUGCAGAAAAGUACGGUACCAAUGAAACCGUAUACAACAUCGUAGAAUGGUUUGGUAUAAAGAAGGGUGAACCUGGACAUCUCGCAGAAUUGUUGAAAGGAUACAUUGGUAUCGUCACAGUAACGACCUUAAGAAAAAUCAUUCGAAUUCGACAAUGGUUUUAUCGAAAUGCGAAGGGAGAGUCUUUGGACACUCCUCAAGUCAUGUUUCCAAAUAUUAUCAGAGUAGAUGCAGAUAAGGGUAUACCGGAAUGCUUGAAGUUCCUCUUUAAUUAUGGAUUUUAUAAAUUCGGCCUUGAGAUGUGCCUUAUCGGAAUUGUGGCACUUAUUGGCAUGAGACUCGACUUUUAUUCCGUUCUUUAUGGUUGUUGGCUUCUAUUGUUCUUCUCAUUGAAGAGGAAAACCAUUUCUAGGAUAUGGCCGUUCUUUAAAACGUUCGCUAUAAUAUCGUUGCCUAUACAAUAUGCUUUGGUGGUAGCACCACCUACAUGGUUUUGCAUAGAAUAUCCUUGGAGUCAUUCGGAGACAUUACGAAAGCUGCAAGAAUGGAUGUAUUUUCCAGAUCCAGAUUAUCCACCAAAUCCUAAGAAAUUAAUCUGCGACUUUUUAUUACUAAUGAUGAUCAGUCGGCAGAGCCUUGUAUUUAGUAUUGAACAAAAUAACAUACUGUCCGUUCGAGAAUUCGUCGCUGGCCAUAACUUUUCUGUUUAUCAAGACAUGGACAAUCCGAAUUUUAUAAAUCCGGUUAAAGACUAUGUCUCUCAUAUACACUGCUGGUUGGAUGUAUUUAAACGUGGCAGUAUGAUGAGUCUAAUGUGGAUCACUCUUUCUAUUAUGUUUUUGGCUGGAACAAAAAGGACAAAUUUGUUCUCCCUUGGAUAUCUUAUAGGUGCCUUCGUAUUACUAUGGCAAGGUAGCGAUUUCUAUUUGAGACCGGUCAAGACAAUACUCAAAUGGUGGAAUAUGUUAAUUGGUUAUAACGUCAUUGUCAUCUUUUCAAAAUCUUUACUCCAAGGUGUCGGCUGUAUCCUGAUGCAGGAGCUACAAGAUUCUGCCUACUGGCUAGUCCAAUUACUAGGUAUUGCCUGUCUAAAAAAAUUCCACAGUGCAACGAACGAUGGAGAAAUCGGAGGAGAUACUUGCCAAGUACCACGAGAGGAUAUCGGCAUGGUUUGGGAUGGAUUAUGUUUUGGCUUUCUCUUGAUGCAAAUGCGCCUCUUUAAAAGUUAUUAUUUCUUCCAUAUCGUGGACGAAACAAAGGCAAUGAGUAUAUUAGCAUCGCGAGGUGCUGAACUUCUUGAGGAGCUACAUCAGAAACGCAUAAAGAUCCAAGAUAAUGUGGAAAAAGCUAUCCUACAAAAACUCAAAUACAAAAUGGACAAGAUUAAAGCUAAUCAAAGAAAAAUUCAGGGACCGUCGUAUAGAGAACCUGAAACCCACAAAAUAGAUACUCUUUAUCCAGGGACUCGGCCGUUGUACAAAGUUCGCGUGCCAAAGACCAACAGAGAGGCCAUCAGGUCAGGCGAUUACUACAUGUUCGACGAUUUGGAUGACGACGAUAUAACCGAUAUUGUGGCUGAUACCGAGAUAGAACGAAAGGAAGACGAACAAAUCCCCGAAGAUACACACGACAGAAGAAUGACCAUAACGGAGCUGAUGGAUACGCUGAUUAAGACAGACAUUGCGAUAGCGACCCACGUUGCCAUGUAUGGAGGAACGAAAAAGGAUGCGUUGAGACUUCGCCGUCGGAGCGUACCGCUGACGCGGAAGAAAUCGUCCAUGUCCUAUCUGAGCGCGCGAUCUGAGACCGAGACUGCCGUGCCGACCGACGCCGCCGAUCGAACGAGCAUUACAUCGAACGAGAUUGAAUCGGAAGAAAAAGAAUUAAGAACGGUGGACUUGACGAAACCGCAACCUUUCGACGAGGAUGAAAGAGAGCAAGGAGAUAAAACGGUGGAAAGAAGUAUCGAAGAGGAUGACGGAAAAGAAAAAAAAGUUUCCAUUUCUACGUAUUUUCAAUUCUUUUUGGUAAUGGUCAAUAGUACUUUGAUCUCGAUGAUUAAAUACCUCAAUCAAUUUUCACGAGAUUAUAGAUAUAUUCGCAAGAUUUUAGCGUUGGAGAAGAAACUAUUGAAGGAAAAAUCGGAUUUCAGAACAGGUUUCAGAUUAGGGAUUAAUCAAAUGUGGCAACCGAUACCACUGGUACAAGAAAGAUCGACAACUAAUGAAGAUACAGAAGGAGCUGCUAAUCCCGGUGAAGGUCCUAGUCAGCAACAAUUGCAAAUCGAGAGCAUGAUUUUCUCGCAAAUAUCGCAAAGCCAAGUCGAAGAGGAAGUUGCAGAGUUGUCCGAAGUUGAUCAACCACCGAUAAUUCAAUUGGCAGCAUCGAUAUGGUUUGGAAUUCUGGCACAUUCGAGCCUCCUGUGUUAUUUUAUGGUAUUUCUUCAUCAAAUUAAAAAUGCCUCCGUUAUCUCCACGCCAUUACCUCUGAUGGUAUUUUGUUGGGGUUCUCUCACGAUACCGCGACCUUCGAAAACCUUUUGGGUGACUUUAAUCGCUUAUACGGAGGCAAUCGUCAUUAUAAAAUGUAUUUUCCAAUUGGAACUCAUUCCUUGGAGUCGAAAGGCAACAUCUAAUGAUCCGCUUUUCGCGCCAAGAAUCAUUGGCGUUGAACAACAACAAAAUUAUGCGUUAUGGGAUUUGUUAUUACUGCUUAUGGUUUUCUUCCAUAGGUUCAUGCUCAAAUCAUUGGGACAAUGGACCACACCGUCGACGAGGCCAAGGAAAAUUAUCCCUUCUAAUUUGACAGUGGUUCAGUCAAAACCUCCUAAUCCUCCUUCUGGUGAUGGCCAAACGGAAGAAUCGACGACGAAUUCUUGGCAGCAAGAAACUGCAGAAUCACACGCCAAUAUUAAAACACCAAAGGGUAAGAUUUUAAAUAUUAAGGAGAAAACGAAUUCGCAAAAUAACGCAGUAACGGUAAAUGAAAAUGAGAAGCUUGUAGCUAUUCAAGGUGAAGAGAUACAUCCUCACAGUGAAAACAUCUCGACAACCAUGAAUAUGACAUUUGACAAAUAUCUAGAACCUAUGAAAGAAUUCUUUACUAAAAUUCUUAGUCCCGUCGGUAAAGAGAAGACAAAUGUCUAUGCAUACAUGUUUCUUUGCGAUUUCUUUAAUUUUCUUCUGCUGAUUUUUGGAUUUUCUGCCUUUGGUACACAACAGGGCGAUGGUGGAGUGACGGCUUAUUUGCAAGAAAACCGAGUGCCCAUGCCUUUCUUACUAAUGUUAUUACUUCAAUUUGCUUUGAUAGUUAUCGAUAGAGCUUUGUUCUUGAGAAAAUCCAUUGUCGGAAAGUUGAUCUUUCAAUAUUGCCUGAUAUUUGGAGUUCACAUGUGGAUGUUCUUCAUAUUGCCGAGCGUUACAGAAAGACAAUUUAAUUACAAAUUACCACCACAGAUCUGGUAUAUGAUGAAAUGUUUCUAUCUGUUGCUCGCAGCAUACCAAUUGCGCCAAGGAUAUCCAACCCGCAUACUUGGCAAUUUCUUAUGCAAGAAAUAUAGCAUAGUAAAUUACGUCUUAUUUAAAGGAUUCAUGUUAGUUCCAUUCCUGUUUGAAUUGCGAGCUGUCAUGGAUUGGAUUUGGACCGAUACUUCUAUGACAAUAAUGGAUUGGUUUAAAAUGGAAGAUAUCUUUGCCAGUAUUUAUCAAAUUAAAUGCAUGCGCGGAAUGGAAACAGAUUUUCCACAACCACGAGGAGAAAAAAAGACCCAAAUGAGCAAGUAUCUCGCUGGCGGAGGUGCACUCUGUGUCAUAAUUGGUCUUAUAUGGUUCCCUCUGUUAUUGUUCGCACUUGGCGGAACAGUUGGCGUUUCGAAUUUGCCUUAUGAGGUGUCGAUGAAGUUAGCGAUAGGACCGUACGAACCGAUUUAUUCGAUGUCUGCUCAGACCAGUUCGAUCAUGAGAUACAAAGAAGAGGAAUAUAAAAAUUUUACGGACUUGUAUACUCAGGAUAAAGCAGCGAUUACCUUCUUAGAAAAUUAUAUUAAUACAGAUGUGGCGGUUAUUAAACUUAGUGGUUUCUCCAGAAAAUUAUGGGAUAUUUCACCGCCUGACAAACUAAGAUUAAUUGAAGAAUUGAAAUCUUCGGCAGACGUUGUUGUUCACAUUGAAUGGACGGUUUCUAGAAAAACGGAUGUGAAAGAUUCGUCUGGUAAAACAACGAGUCGUCAUGACGUGAUAUUACCAGCAGUUAUAAAUGGAGAAUUUAAUCCUACGAGGAAGACAUUAGUAGACAUGUUAUCUAUAAACGGAUUAAGUCCGUCUAAUGCUACGAUAAACGUACCAUAUUCAUUUCCAAAAUUCCUCAAAGUUACCAGUAGAUCCGCCGAAGUUGUUUCACAAUUAAUGAAAUUAUCGAGCUCACAAUCGUUAAAUGAAGAGGACGAUGAUACGCCCACUGACAAAUAUCUAUAUAGAAAUAUUAGCCUUCAAUUAUCCAUUGACCGGCAAUGUUGUGCAAAUCAGCAAUGGUGGAACGUACAAGAAGUUUGCGAUGAUCGUUUUUAUUUAGAUUUAUUACAAAAGAUACCAUUGAAUGAUUGCAAAUAUAUUACGAUGUUCCUUUUCAACGAUAAAGUAUUUCCAGAAGAAUUGAGCUUUAUCAGUGGGUUUGGAAUUUUGGGUUUGUAUACUACUGCUGUAAUCGUGAUAAGCCAAAUGAUGCGUAAGGUGGUAAGCGAUAUGGCGCCAAAGAUAAUGUUCGACGAUCUACCGUACGUCGACAGAAUUCUUCGAUUAUGUUUAGAUAUUUAUUUAGUACGCGAAAGCGGUGACCUGUGCUUGGAAGAAGAUUUGUUUGCAAAACUCAUAUUCUUAUAUAGAUCUCCAGAAACCCUUAUCAGGUGGACGAGACCACCGGAAGAAGGAGAACGCACUGACAAUGAGGAUCAAGAUGAAGAAGACGAUGGCAAUGAAGCAGAAGGAAGAGAAUCGCGUGAAAGACCUCAUCGUGAUUAAAUUAUUAAUAAUGACGGUGACCAUCUGAUGACGUAAGAAUGAUGUGUACUAUAUAUAGUGUGUUCAUUUUAUACAAUAAGAAUCAAUUCUGAUGACCGAAACGGAAAGUCAACUUCGAGAGUAGGUGAAGUAAAAAAAAGUUGUAUAUCAAAAAAGAUUUAUUUCUUAUUAUUAAGGAAAUGUUAAAAACGGGAAUACUCUUCAUUUAUCUAAAACUGCAGAGGCAUGCUUCUAAUAAUAAUGCAAUUUAUAAGUGGCUUAUAAAUGAAAAAAUGUAAAGCCUUUGGUAUGCAAGUUUUUAAUAAAAACGACGAAUGCUUUUAGAUUGAAAUUAUAUACGAAAUGUGAAAUAUAUACGCUUUAUUUAUAAGAUCGUGCGAAAGCGGAAAAAAAUAAGACGUAUAAUGAAUAUGUUUAAAAAUGAAAAAGAAAAAAGAAAAGAAACAAGAAAUGACACACGAAUCAAGUACUGGGAAUGUUUGUUGGUUGCUUCAGAGAUGGCCUAUACAAAUUCACAAAGAAUUUCUCUUCAUAAUUGUACAAAUGGAUCAACAAAUUCUAUCAAUUAUUUGUUAAUGAAUAUAUCAUUCAUUAAAAGACAUGUUGAAUUUUUAAUAUGAAUUCUAUCAUGAGUUAUGCAUUUAAGUAUACAUUUUCAUAAAUAAUUUUAUAAUCUUCAUUAUGCUUAAUACUUUCUAGUUAAUAAUAUAAAA